CUCUAUAGGUAGUCUGAUUAUUAUGAAAUCGUUUUAAUGUCAGGUGUAGUUCCUGCUUUUAUGGCAGGAAGUAACAGGUAAAACUUUGUGCGUUAGCAAAGUCACAUUGUCCAAUAAUGGUAAGAAAUGCUGUUAGAAAGUGAUUAAAUGACAGAUGGAGCUCCUAAGAUUGCCAAGGCCUUGUGGAAACAUGCUGAAGGGAGCGAUGAGGAUGUUGGACUGUGGCACACAGCUGAAUGAUGUCAUGAGUUUCCAGUUCCUCAUUAGGAUUAGUCAGCAAUGAAGAGAGGACCGAGAGAGAGAGAGAGGGAAAUGAAGGGAGAGGCUGAAGGUUAGGAAGGUAAAGAGAGAGAGAGAGAGAGAAAGGGGCGGGGCUCAACAGCUCUACUAUAAGCAGCAGCAGAUAAACCUGCACGUAAAGCCGUGACCUCUCCGCACUGCUGACCGCGCGCUAGAAACUUCUGCUUGCACGUUCCUUGGAGGAGUUGCAUGCAAUUUCCACAGGCUUCAUUACAGUCUCUUAGUCUUCUGAAACUGAAUUAUGCAUCUCAAGACUACAAAGUGCAAUAACUUCUGCCUGGUUGCUACUACGGUGGAGCAUGAGAUAUUCAGUCGGCCACAGAUUCGGGAGCAGUUUGAAGCUUUGUUCCGUGCAUUUGAUCCCAGCACGUCAUUCCAGUUCUUCAAAAGCUUCAGACGGGUUCGGAUCAACUUCACCGAUGCGUUGGCGGCAGCCGAGGCCCGAGUCAAACUCCAUAAGAGUGACUUCAAUGGAAAGGAGAUGCGUCUGUAUUUCGCUCAGUCAGUGCUUAUCGGCAGUACUCGUCUUGAGCCUCCUAAACCAGAGAAGCAGUUCCUCAUCUCUCCUCCAGCGUCGCCCCCUGUAGGCUGGGCGCAGUCACUGGACGCUAAGCCCGGCAUCAACUUUGACCUGCUGUGUGCUGUGUCUAAACUAGGACCAGGAGAACAAUACGAGAUCCACAGUGGAACCACCAACACACCCAGUGUGAUCGUACACGUGUGUGAGGACGACGAAGACAGCGAAGACGAGACCGCAGAGGGUGGCAAACGUGCGCGACCCAAGAUCAUCCAGACCCGCCGUCCAGACAACGUCCCGUCCGUCAACCAGUGAGCGGCUAAUUCUGGGCCGUUUCGUCUUCGCCACCAACACUGGAAUAACUAGGAAGCAUGCGGUCAUGCAGUUCAUCAUCCUCACCACCGGGGAGGCUGGCGAGCAUCAGAUCCUCUUCCUAGUUAGCGAGGGAGUCGACCAUCCUCACAUCUCGACGUUUCAUUUCUAAACAUCCAUCUCUGAUGGAGUCAGGGACUUUUGAGGACUUGGGAGAGUUUCUCUCAUCUUACGAAUGUCAUUAUUUGCUUGACGUCACAACUGUGUAUUUUAAUAAUCCGAGAGAAAAUCGUUGGUAAAAUCUUGAAGGGGUUUUCGCGUUGCACAAACAAACUGAACAUCGUGUCUGGUGUGUGUGUAUCGUUCGGGGCCACUAACAUGUACUCAUCGUCAUUAUCAUGUAUCGUUUAGUCAGUUAAGCACUCGUACAGUCUUUGAAAGUCAUUAUUAUCGUUGCUGAAGUUCUUCACGAGCUCCUCCAAGUAUUAUGCACUUUAAAAAUAGAGCCUUAUAAUGUGGUUAACUGACAACAACAUCAAGUACUUGUCUUUGUAAAUCGAGCGCAACCGUGAACGCUGACUUUUCCCGCCUUGGAAACGCAAGUGAUUUCCCGCUCAUUUUCUCCACGUAUCACCAGAUUUGAUUUCAUACAGAAAUAUAUUUGAAAAUUGGAUAAAAAAAGACACUUGUACUAAAUUGUGUGCUUGUAUUAUAAAAUCUAAUGUUGGCUGUAAAUAAAUGUUAAAAUAGAACAAAAGUAUUGACAAUAUUUGAAAAAUUCUAAAUGAUACAUUAAAUGUUACAUUUAGAUUUUGAAAAAAAAUGUAUAGAAUUUUCUUCUACAGCGUACUCAACCCUCUUAUUUUAUUUAGAAUUUUAAAAGAAAACAAAUUUAAAUAGUUGGCCGUAUGAAUACAUAAAAUAAAUUAAUUUAAAACAUAUUGAAUAUACAUCGAACAGAUUUGGUUCAAAAUCUGUUUUUACUCAGAAACAAACAAUUACAAAGAAUCCAAAAGGAACUAAAUUAAAUUGAAUUUCUAAGAAGAAACAAACAAAAUAGUAUUUAUUUUUAACUUUAGAAUAUUUUAUUUUGUCUUAUAAAAUGUACUCAGAAUAUUUACAGAUUUAAAAAGUAUUUUACAGUUACAUAAUUGGCUAUAUUUAUAAACUUGAAAAGACUGACUAUAAAUAAUUGGCUGCAUGCAUCAAAAAAAAGUUAAUAAGUAUGAUUAAAAAGAAUUGGUGUCAUUUCACCUAGUAAAUUUAACAGCCACUACAUGUAACCCUUUAUAUUAAACAUUACAAUUUGAAGUAGAAAAUCUAAACUAAAAUAGUGAUUUGCGGUGCAUUAUGGGAGUGAGCAAUCACUUUUAACCUGUUUUGUUAUGAUUCACAUUUCCAUAUUAACAGCGACUUUUUCAGAUGAAUGAAACUGAAUGAUUUAAAAGAUGAAACGAACCCUCAGAAGCACAUAUGAUCUAACAAGCCUGUGUUUUCUGUGGCAGACGUUCACUGCUGCGCUCUGUGACUUGUUCAAUGAACCGCUCUGUUGUGCUCUACUGUCUUUGGAGAUGUUGUCCUCUUUUCCAUUACUGUAGGAGACGCUCUACUGUCAACCAGUGAUUUUAAGCAACCGUAACAUAUUGUGUAUAUUUGAUGUAUUUGAAUGUAGCCAACAUCUUAAAAAAAAAAAAAAAAACUUGAGGAUUUCUAUCAACAACAAAAUCGUAUUCGUUAGGUAGUGAAAUCUCGAGGGAGGAAGCAUUAACCUACCUUUAAUAAAACUAUCUUGACCAAA